AUGCCAUGUAUUUGGAUAAAGCAAGCAUUGGCUGUGAAAGGGAAUAAAUUUAAGCUUGAAGACGUGUCUUUAAAUGCUCCUGUAUCCGAGUUAAAAGCGAAGCUGUCGGAAUCUAGUGGAAUUGACGAAAAAUUGCACGGUAUUUGAAUAGUCUCCUGUUUCUAUAGUCGUUCAGAAUAAUACUUCAAUGUGGUAAAUCACUAUUUAAUCCAUUGUCUUUCCUGCAAAUAGAUGUAAUUUACAGAGGAUUGCUGCUCCAGGAUGACAAAACAUUAGAGUCAUAUGGUCUGAAAGACAAUGCCACAAUUUACAUCAUUUACAAAGAACCAAAAGUUGAAGGUAACAUUACCCUGGGACCCAGGUUGAGGUAACAUGCCCCCUGCCUUCCAUUAAAUCCACACACCCUGGGUUUUAAGGUUUUGAACACCCCCUCCCCCUAGAAAAUUAGCACCCACUACCAGAUGAGCCUAUCAAAAUAUUGUAUAGACAUACCUAUUUGGGGGUAGUGCCAGUGUAGGUAGUGGCAAUAAAUAAGAAAGCUUCAGAUUGAUAGGGAUACAACUACCUGAAAAAUACAAGGAGAACUUCGACGUUUAAAUAAAAGUCCUUUGUUGGGGUCAUUACAGUAUCUACCUAUACUAUCCAGCCUUGUGGUUGGUUGAUUAUAACAAUGAAAGACAAUAAAACUAUAGAAAUCGUCUUUCUAAAGAACAAGUCACGAACAAUGAUCAUUUUUGUUUCUGAUUUGUUUCUGAAAGCCCAUCACAAAACAUGAUCAUUUUAGGUACUGUAGGUGAGUAGGUCUUUACCCGGCAACCUUUGGCCUUCUCUGGAAAUGUAGAAGUUCUCCUUGUAUUUUUAAGGUGGUUGCUUCCCUAUCAAUCCAAAGCUUUCUUAAUGUUUAGGCACUCUAUAUUUGACCAACUCUUCUUUGGAUGUAGGGCUUGAUUUUGAUGUCAAUGUGGAAGAUAUUAUCCCAGUUCUUCAAGCCGCAGCAGGAAGUCCUGUUUACAAAGACAAGGUAGUUGCCAGUUGAGGUCAACAACAUGAAAAUGACAAUAUAAUAGCACUGAGAUGAUGGUCCAUUAUUUUAAUUAUUUUCCAAACUAGAUGUCUGCAUUACUAAAGAACCCAGAAACAUUAGAGACAAUAUUAGCGACAACACCGGCUCUUGCUCAUGAUCCUGUGGCUUUAUGUAAGUAAAUACCACAGUAGCAGCAAGAUUUCACAAAAGAAUGCAACAAAGUUCACACAGAAAUAUUAUGCAGUGAUUUUAACUUUUAUCCAAUGUUUCUCCAGCAAUUCUCAGAGAUCCGGAAAUCCUACAGAAUCUUGUGCAAUCGGGCAACAUUUCCAAGUAAGCUCUUGUCAAUUACCAAUGAUUGACAUAAUAAAUAUGACUAUGAGGACUGGACUAGAUUUCAAGUCUGCACAGUUUAAUCAAAAUCUGAAUCAAAAUGCGAGGACUUGAAAUCUUGUCCAGUCCAAAUUGGAGGAUUUGAAAUGACAUCUCAUACGAAUAAAUCACUACUUAACUUACAGUAAGGUGAAUUAAUUUUGAUGCAGUCCUAGGACUGAAUCAGUAUACUUCACCAGUAUUAUCAUGUGAGCAAAAUACAGCAAUACUCUAUUACAACUCAGAAAGAUGGUGGUGAAAAGUGAUGUAUAUGCAACAGACUGUUGUUUAAUAAAAUUGAAUGAACAACAGAACCUCAUCCCAAUAGUGAAAAUGAUGAUGAUACUAAUCAAGUAAUUACUGUAGUUUUGGUUGAGCCGAGCCCUGGCUAACAUAUAUGGCUAACUUGCAUUUAGGUUAGCAGAAGAACACCCUGCCCUUGUCCAAGCAGCAUCACAUGUUGCCGCUGAUAUCACCAAAGACAUUCCGGGACCGUCAAGACUUCAUAGAAAUUCUGAAGAUGAUGAUUUGAUGGACAUUGAACCAGAGGUAAGAAAAACUGCAGUUUGCAAUAUCUCACAAUCUCAAAAUUUCCGUCUACAAAACCUAUCUACUAUUUUAAUAAUUGUCUCUUCCUCAAGAUGCUGGCUCAAGCAGAAUUAAUGGCUGCCCAUGAAGAGGCGAUACAAAACCGUCAGAAUCCUGGCAGACGUCAUCCUAUCACGCCAUCGUUUCUAGCAUCAGCGUUGCAAGUGGCCGGAGCGAACGUCGUGUCGACCUCGACACAGACAACUACAGGUGAAUAUCACAAACUUCUACGGGUGUGUCAUCUUAGGGGCGGACCAUUAGAAAUCCCGAGGGGGGAGGGUGAAAAUUUAAAAAAAAAUUGUGCAAAGAAAAAUGCCUGGAAACAAAAAUUCAGGCAGCCAUUACAUCAGAGAAAAAAAAUUGCGCAAGCAAACCGCAAAGUUAAAAGUCUUGAAAAAAAAUUUGUGCAGAGGUUAAAUGAAUAAAAAAAAUCCUGCAGAGACACGAGACUGAAAAAAAAUUGUAGGGCAAAAAUUUUAUCCCUCCCGGGAUUUCUAAUGGUCCCGCCCCUUAACUUGUGAGACACACGUCUUGCAGACAUUGCAAUCUACUAUAAUAUUGGAAAGCUUCAAAGCUUUCUUAUUAUUGCCACUACCCACACAGGGUUUUUUUCAGGGAUUUUUUAGGGCCGUAAAACGGCCCCAAAAACUCAAUCUUGAAUUGAGUUUUGAAACUCAAUCUUCUCACCAAAGUUUCAGUGCAGUAAAAAUGAAGUUGUUUGAGUUAAAUUUGUGACGUGAGGUGCUUCCAGUCUGACUUUACCAAACACCGCACGUUUCCAGUUUUAGUUCAGGUAAUGUUCUUCAUAGUUCAUACAGGAUCAUCAAAGGCCACCUCUCCACAGAGAAAAACCUGUAUUCUGCACGAUGUUUGAUGCAGUGAAACAGGAGCACUCUUCUCGAAUGUGAAAUUUUUAGAAAAAACACUUACAUCGUUCCUCUCACAUUUCUAGUGAAUUUACCGUCGACGUCAACAGGGACAAGCACGCCACGAGUUCCCCAACAAGAACAACAACAACAACAGCAACGACAACAUCAUCAACAACGUAUAUCACCGGAAUUUUUCAAUCAAGCAAUGGCCUCCGCCUUGAGUGCAAACGCUGGUAGAAAUAACUGGCAGGUAGUAAUUUUAAUAAAAUUGAAUCACCGUAGGACGUUAAACUCCCCCACCACCACCACCACCACUUUAACUGCACUCGGUAGAGAGCAGGCGGGGUAUGCUGGGAUUUCUUUCAAACUUUAAAUAACAUCGCUCUAGGUCAGAAAUUACGUUGCACACGUUGCAACAAAAAUUGCCUCGUGUCACAUGACCUUGAAUGUUACCGAGAUUGAGACCAGCGUCAAACGUCGAACUUUUCAUGCGUCGAACUUUUCAUGCGCCGAACCUAAUGCAAAUGAAGUGAAACAAAGAACGUAGCUCAUUAACAUUAGGUUCGGCGCAUGAUCAUACAUGAAAAGUUCGACGUGUGACCCCAGCCUGAUGUUUGCCAAUUCCAAGGCAACUUCCUCUUUUAGCGUUCGCUGUUGUUUCUUUCAGUCUGAAGUACAGCAACUGCGUGACAUGGGGAUUGAAGACGAGGCUCUGAGCCUGCGAGCAUUACAGGCAACGAACGGUAAUGUGGAAGCCGCGUGUAAUUUAAUAUUUGAAGGAGGCCUGGACUGA